GAUAAACUUCGCGUUGUUCCGGUUUUUGUAAGCGCGAAAGUCGGCCGAAAGUGGAGCUGGCACUGCAGACUGGAGACUGGAGACUGGAGCCUGGCAUCGAUUUUUUGGCAUCCAAAAUUGAAGCUUAAACAUGAGUGCAGCUCGGGGAGACUGCCCAUUUGAACGCUGACAACGAAGCUCAACGGACACGCAGGGACUCUCCUUUUGCAGGAUGGGAUUCAGAUUCAUACUCUUGGCUGCCACCGGACUCGGGGCCAUGUACAUGAUGCAUCUGCUGGCACAGGACUGGAACAGGAUACGCCCCAUCCAAGGCAUCACCAUGCUGGCGGGUCAGGUUAGCUCUGGCCUCAAUCUCAACAGACUGCCAGCACUGGCAGGACAAGCAAGUGCUGCGUUGACUCGGAUACGUGGCAGAAGAGAGGCGCCCUCGUACCAUAGACAGCGGCAUGAACCGGGCUGGGGUCGUGGCACUCCCGAUUCUGGCCGGGGUCCAUAUCGCGCACCUCCGCCUGCCAUCGACUGGAAACGCAUUCUCUCGCGCGAUCCCUUCGAGUGCCUUCAGUCGCUGAUCUGCCAGCUGAUGUCCGGUGCCGAAGCAGCUGCUCCCGAGGCCGAGAUUCUCAUGGACUACCUCGAGUCAUCGCUGGAACUGGCGCCGGCCAAGAUUGGACGCGCCUUCAGUCGUGGACUGGCGCUGCGUGGCCACACGGAUCGCUGCUACGAUGAAUAUCCUUUCUGUUUGUACUCCGCGAAGACAAUGUUGCGCAUUCUGCGCUGGUUCGGCGAAACGGGGGAAGUUCCACAGGAUAUGGAAGAGGGACAGAAGGCAGAGGAUUAA